AUGUACUGUCAAUAUGUUUUAAUUGAUUUCCUUUCCCAGUUGAAGUCUUCAUUAAAUAAAACCCAGUUUAAAACUGAGACUGUCAAAUACAUUUUUCUUUUUCCAUUAUUUUUCCCUCCAAAUCUACUUUCUCAUUUUUUUUAUUUUUUUUCAUUUCCUUGUCUUUCUUUUUUUGUUUUCCAUCAUUCUCCUUCCUUUUCCUAUCUCCUUUUCUUCUAUUCCAACUCCACCUUUAUAUCACUUUCUCUUCUUUCUUUCUUUCUACUGAGUCAUCACAACUCUCUCCUUCUGUCCUCGUUUUUCUUUUUUUCUUUUCCCAUUCCUUCUGUUCCUUUAACUUCUCAACUGUCCUCUUCCCCUUUCUUUCUUUUUGUCUACCAUCCCAACUGUCUCCUUCCAUUUCCUGUUUUUCUUCUUGUCUACUGUCCCAUUUCAGCUAUCUCUUUCCAUCCUUUCUAUUUCUUUCUCUUCUUUUUGUCUCCUAUUCUGUCCUGUCUCCUUCCCAGUCUCAUCAUUUUCUUUUCAUUUACUCUCCCAACCCUUCUGUCUCCUUUCAUUUCUUUCUAUUUUUUUUGUCUACUCUCUUGCCCCAACUAUCAUCAUCCAGUCCCAUUUUUUUUUCAUCUGCCUUACCAGACCUUUUGUCUCCUUUUUCUGACAGCCAUUUUUCAUGUUUUCAUUUCCUGUUCACAAAAUUGA